AUGGACCUGUAUCUCAAUAACUCCUACAAGGCUGCUCAGGCCGCCGCCUCUAAGGCGGCCGCCAGCAGCCUAACUGCCGAGAGGGAACGGUGUGACUCUCUUUAUCAACCUUCUUAUGACUUUAACCUGUCUGAUCCUUAUUGUCGGCUUUUGGGAACCGGCUAUAAAAGCCUGCACGAUCCACAUUUAAAAUCAUACUAUAGGCGAAAAGAUAUCCUGAGGAGAUUAAAGAAAGAUGGCUAUGUCACCAGCAAUAAUAAGGUUGUUUGCACCUUGAAGGAAUUGAAUAAGUACAGGCAGUAUCUCACCAGUUUGAAGUUAGACUUUGAAAGAAACUAUGUCAGAGAACAAAAAAUGAUUGAAAAACAAGUAAAUAAAUUGUAUAAAACCAAGAGAGCCUGUGACAGUUAUGGCAAUACACAGUUCCAAGAUUGGCUGUUACAAGAAAAUAAACAAACAACUCCAGACCAAAAGCUGUUGAUAAAGCAAAGAUAUUUAGACAUGAUCAGCUUGGAAUUAAACAAGCUUGAACACACGGCAGAAAAUCAGAAUGUACUCCGGAUAAAGGAAGAAGAAAGACGACAUCGGGACCACAUUAGAAGAAAACUUAGUCUCCAGAGACAAAUUGAAGAGGAAUGGAAAACAAAAGAAAUGUUACUUCUGUCAAAGAUUGGAGAAGAAGUAAAGAGAGAAGCAAGGGUUGAAGAACAACGUAAAAAAGUUAAAGCAGAUGCUUACCAUAAGAAAAAAGCACUACUCGAGAAAAAAAUCACUUAUCAUUUACAAAAAAUGCAAAGGAGUGACCUUCAGAGAGAAGGGUCAGAAGCAAGUGUAUUUCAAAACAAAAGUCAAGAUGAAACAGAAGGUGAGAGAGAAACAAUAAAAGGCAAAGCUGCUUAUCCAAAGAUCAAGAAAAUGAGUGUCACUGUCGGUCACCAGACGUCACACCAAGGACAAAAAAGACCAUCCCAGCAUUUGUAUAGUUCUCUAAAGACUCCUGAAAGAAGAUCAACCUCCUUGCAUUCUCCACAUGAUAUACAGAGUAACACAACAGAACAAAAGAAAGAUAGAGAAACAAUUAGGACAUCAUAUUCUUCAAAUGAUGGAGAAACUACUACACUUCAGAGUCCAGAUGUUUCUGCGAAAACACCAGGUGUCUAUAGAUACUCUCUACAGGAUACUUCAAAACAACAGUCAGUGAUCACUCAGUUGAUGGUGGGAAAUUGA